AUGUCUGAAGAAUUCAGAGAUCUUUACUACCGCCAACCAUUUCACGAUGAUGAUCGGACUGGUGGCGAGAAUUCUUCUACGUAUACUCAGAAUCUGCGAAUGUUUGAUCAUUCUUCAUACGUGGGGUUUGGGGAGUUUUUGCAUGGAUCCACUGAACAUAACACACUUGCAAGACCUUUCGGCGCCAUGACCUCGUCAACCUCCGUGGCACCGGUGAUGGACGGUGGAGGUGGAGAUCAUGUGGGUGGUAGUGUAACUCCAGCUACACCCAAUUCUUCCAUCUCAUCCUCCUCUACGGAGGCGGCCGGUGAUGAAGAUUCAAACAAGAGUAAGAAAGAGAAUCAACAGAAGGAGACUGUUGAAGAUGGAGAAAACAGCUCCAAGAAAAAGGCUAAGGCGAAGAAGAAAGGAGAGAAGAAGAAGCAACGGGAGCCUCGAUUUGCUUUCAUGACAAAGAGUGAGGUUGAUCAUUUAGAAGAUGGAUAUAGAUGGAGAAAAUAUGGACAGAAGGCUGUGAAGAAUAGCCCUUAUCCAAGAAGCUACUAUAGAUGCACAACUCAAAAAUGCUCCGUGAAGAAACGUGUUGAGAGAUCAUUUCAAGAUCCAUCAAUUGUAAUCACAACGUAUGACGGUCAACACAACCACCUUGUACCGGCAACAUCCAGAGGAAAUGCCGGAAUGUUUCCUCCUUGUUCUAUGCUAACACCAUCAAUACCACUGCAGGAAGGGACCAGUUUUCCUGCACAAUUGUUACAGCUUCAUCAAAUGAGUAAUGGUCAUCUCUACAAUUAUGGCAGUGUGAAUAAUGUCUAUGAUCAUCAAAAUUUAACUACACCGCAGCAGCCUCGACCUCAACUUCCUGAAUAUGGGCUUUUGCAAGAUAUGAUUCCCUCUUUUUUCCCCAAACAGGAGCCUUGA